AUGAAUAAAGUACACUCUGCUCUACAAAAUAUUCAAGAUAAGUUUCCAAAGGCAUGGUUAAAGAAACCAAAUGAAAUCGAUAUCCUUCAAGAUCUGUUUGAUGAUUUUGCAAAGCUUGGUGUGUGGUCUCACGAGAAGCCUGAGCAUCAUGCACUGAAUCGUAAGCUCACUCCAUUCUCCAACUACAUAUGGCCGCACCUCAAUAAAGAGGAUUUGGUGUUGGCUGCUGAAUUCAACAAUCUAUCGAUGCUCUUUGACGAAUGCAUUGAGAGUGUCGAUAUGGAGAUGGCCAAGACUAUAACAGAGAGAUUCACCAACAUCUUUUACAUGGAGAAACUAGAAGAUAAUCACAACGCUCUUGAGAAUCUAGCUUUUGUAGUUUGUAAACGAAUCAGAGAUAGAGCUGGAACCAGAAUCGAUCUAUUCAAUCUGUUAAAGGGUUCAGUUAUUGAUUAUUUUGAUUCGAUCAUUCCAUUUAAGAAUAUAAAGAAUUUAGAAGGAGAACCAGAAAUGGAAUUAUUCUAUUUCCUGCGUAGAAAUAAUAUUGGUUUGAUAGCAGUUGCCAAUAUGACCCUUUUAUUGACUGUUCGUAAUUUGAAUAUCGCUAUAUUCUUGGAUCCAAUAUGGGUGAAGCUGUUGGAAUCGAUCAGUAUCAUUUGUUCGCUGUACAACGAUUUGUUCUCCUAUGAGAAAGAAGUCAAAGAGAAAGAUAUAAAGAUGAAUUCAUUCCACUUUCUUCAGAGACUCGUCAUUGAAACCUAUAUUCAAACAUUCAACGAUCAAGACAAACAAGAGAUCAAUGAAAUCUUCGACCAUCUACACGAUAUUCUCAAUGCACUUCUCACUUGGCCGCUACAAUCAGAGAGAUAUCAAUCACCCGAUUCAAUCUUUAAAGAACUAAGAAAGGAACCAACCAACAAUCAUUCUGAAUAA